CCCCGCCCCCCGGGGCGAGCGGGGGUCGCCAUGGCCGCCCCUCCACCCCUCGAGGGGCGGCGGGGAGCCCCCCCCCGCCUCUCCCGCACCGCCGCCCCGGUGUUAUCCCCGUUAUUACCGCCCUUAUUAUGCCCGUUUUGCUCCCUAUGCCCGCUUUUAUCCCCGUUUUUAUCCCCGCUAUUCCCCCCACUGGCCGCCCGCCGCGGGGGGAGCGCGGCCGGUCGCGCCCUGCCCGCCGAGGGGGGCACGGAGCCUUCUUUGGGACGCGAUGUCCUAUUUGGUGUGGGUGGAUGGCUUAACUUGCUGGUAAUUUCUGCUGCGUCAACACCCAGCUCAAGGGAGAGGAGAAGAGACAAGGGGGCAUUUUAACAGCAGCUCCACUUGCGGAUAGCCAGCCUCAAUCCCGGCUCCAGCAUUAAAACCCUUUCCGCCCCCUAAAAACCAGCAUCCGUGCAAGUUGGACCAAGAGUUUGUCAGGAGUGUGGUUCAAAACUGCUUGGAAAAAGGGAUGAGGACAUCUGAUGAACCUUCUGGAGCUUCUCAGCAGAGACCAUUCUCCUCUCUUCAUUGAAACAUGCACUGUCCAGCUGUGAAACAUUGCAAGGUUUAUUUUUGCUGACAGGAAACACUUUCAAGUAUCGUUCUGUCUUUCUCCUACAAGAGUUCCCACCAGUGCUGUCAGAAGGUCACAAACAGGGCACUACCUGUGCUGCCCUGGGGCUGUUGAUGUCCUCAGCUGUUGUAGGAGAAACACUAGACCUGGAACCCAGUUUGUUACUGGACUUGUGGAAGAGGAAACAUAAAGAUCUCCAGAUGAAUAACCGAAAGGAAGAUAUGGAAAUUGCUUCCCACUACCGUCACCUGCUGCGGGAGCUGAACGAGCAGCGGCAGCACGGCAUCCUGUGCGACGUCUGCAUCAUCGUGGAGGGCAAGAUCUUCAAGGCUCACAAAAACGUCCUCCUGGGCAGCAGCCGCUACUUCAAAACCCUCUACUGCCAGGUGCAGAAAACCUCAGACCAGGCCACAGUGACCCACCUGGACAUUGUCACCGCCCAGGGCUUCAAGGCAAUCAUUGACUUCAUGUACUCGGCGCACCUGGCGCUGACCAGCAGGAACGUCAUCGAGGUGAUGUCGGCCGCCAGCUACCUGCAGAUGACAGACAUCGUGCAGGCCUGUCACAACUUCAUCAAAGCAGCUCUGGACAUAAGCAUCAAGUCUGAUGCCUCGGAGGACCUCGUUGAUUAUGAGCUGGGAGCCCCUUCCAGCAGCAGCACGGACGCUCUGAUCUCGGCAGUGGUGGCUGGCAGGAGUAUAUCCCCGUGGCUGGCUCGGAGAACCAGCCCAGCAAACUCCUCUGGGGACUCAGCCAUUGCCAGCUGCCACGAGGGAGGGAGCAGUUAUGGCAAAGAGGAUCAAGAGCCAAAAGCAGACAGCCACGAAGACAUUUCAUCCCAGUCUCUCUGGGCUAGUGACAUGGGCUAUGGGUCUAUGCGUAUCAAAGAGGAGCAGGUGUCCCCGUCCCACUACGGAGGGGGUGAGCUGCACUCUGCCAAGGAUAGUGCAAUACAGAGUGGGUUCUCAGAGCAAGGAGGGGAUGGCUGGCAGCCCACGGGCCGCAGGAAGAACAGGAAAAACAAAGAAACUGUCAGACAUAUAACACAGCAAGUGGAGGAUGACAGCAGGGCAAAUUCUCCUGUGCUGCCCCUUUUGCCUGCCUCAGGAUGGCCGUACAGCAGUCGAGACCCAAGCGCCGAUGCGGCCGGGACGGAGCCCAGCAGCUCGGACAGCCGGGUGGAGCGGCCGGAGCCCUACGGCAGCGUGGAGGAGGCGCUGCUGGCGGGGGAGCCCAGCUACAUCCCGCAGCCCCUGACUCCGGACAAGGAGGACGCGCUGCAGGCCGCCACUGUCGCCAACCUGCGCGCGGCUCUGAUGAGCAAGAACAGCUUGCUGUCGCUGAAAGCCGACAUGCUGAGCGAGGACAGCUCGCUGCUCUUCGAGUACCUCCCCAAAGGCACCCACUCGCUCUCCCGGCCUGGCACCAGCUCGAAUCCCUCAAGGGGUGAAAGUGAUGGCAAAGUGGAAGCACCAUCUCCCCCGCUGCCUUCAGCACACCUUGCCUCUCAGAGCCCCACCAGGAUCUGCUCUUCUGGUGAAAUGUCACCAGAAACUGGGAUAAAAGGAGAGGUGCCUUCCUCAACCCAGGCUGCCUUUGACAGAUGGCUGGCACUUUGGCAGUUUGAUAACUCUGACUCAGAUUCCAGUUUCCCAAGAUCUGAAGAGACAGAUAUCACCUCUGAUGGGACCUUCCUGGACUCAGCCCUGGCCAAGAGGCUGACCUGUGGCUUCUGCAGGAGGGUGUUCCAGCGUGCUGAGGAGCUGCAGGAGCACAUCCACGAGCACGCCUUCUCCACGCUGCUCAACUGCUCCCAGCCCGGCCGCUUCCAGUGCUCCAAGUGCCCCGCCAGCUUCACCCUGAAAUCCAACAUGGAGCGCCACGAGAAGACCAUCCACUGCCACUUCAACGAGUUCACAGUCAUCAGGAAGAAGUUCAAGUGCCCAUACUGCAGCUUUUCUGCCAUGCACCAGUGCAUCCUGAAGAGACACAUGAGGUCCCACACGGGGGAGAGGCCCUAUCCCUGCGAGAUCUGUGGCAAGAAGUUCACCCGCCGCGAGCACAUGAAGCGCCACACCUUGGUCCACAGCAAAGAUAAGAAAUACGUCUGCAAGGUUUGCAACCGGGUGUUCAUGUCAGCAGCCAGCGUGGGGAUCAAGCACGGCUCGCGCCGGCACGGCGUCUGCGCCGACUGCUCCGGCCGCGGCAUGGCCGCGCACCUGGACCACAACGGGGCCGAGGGCUCCCCCGAGGAGUGCUACCCCGGCGAGGGGCCCUACAUGGAGGAUCCCGAGGACAUCAAGGUGGAAGGAGACGAGGAGAUGGCAGACGACGACGACAUCAAGUGGAAGGAUGACGUGGGGAUGUCACAGGAUGAUGUGAUUUUAGAUGAUGACAAAGAUGUCGACUCCCCACAGGAGCAGGACAACUCUGGGGAGAACGACAAGGAUUUUACCUGGAUUUCUUAGGGAUUGUUUUUUGUUUGGUUUUUUUUUU